CUCCUCCGGGCUGCAGGGAGAACAUUUGUUAUUUGCAAAUAUCUUGAAGCUGUUUUUGAAAAAGACGGAAAGGAUUUAGGGACAUGUUUGGUAACAGAGCGGCGCGGCAGAGAGCUCUGGCUCGGGUGAAAAAUGUUCCCCGUGUGCGUGACGGGGAGGGACCGAGUGUGCUGGGGACAGCGUUUGUGCUGGUUCCUCCUCGCCUGGGCCGGCGGGAUGCUCCGGUUCGGCAGCCGCUUGACUUGGCAGCGAGGAGGCGGUCGGGCAGGCGAGCGCUGCCCCAUCGCAUCCCCCUGCGGGGCGGCACGGGGGUGCCAGGCCGGACGGGAGGGCAGGGCCGAGCUGCCCUCGUCCCGUGCGGAUCCGGUUCCCCAGGCCUGGCAGCCCUGACCUCCUGCCUGGUCGGUGUUUUCGAAGGUGAAGGCACGCGGCUGCUGCCUCAGCUACGCUCUUCCCACGUACGGACGCGACGAAUCAAGCUCUUUUCCAGCCGCCUCGUGUUUCAGCUCGGCAGUUUGGCUCCCCAGCUCCAACUCCGAGACGAUUUCCAUCCCAACUUGCUCUGCAGGCUUCGCAAAGCCCUUUGCGGGCGUCUCCACCCGGGACGGACGCUCUCGCCCUGCCAUGGCUCGGCAGAGCCGCCCCGCCGCCCCCAGACCUUCCCGGGCAUGCCGAGAGCCGCAGGACGGCGACUUCCCCGGCGGCACGGAUCCGGCACGGAUCUCCUAACGCCGGUACAGCCCAGCAGCGGGUGUCAGAACAGUCAUCUGCCUGGGGAAAAUAUACACAACUGCAUCAACGGUGACGUCAGAUUCCUGGUGCUCUUCGCCCAGCAGGAUCGGACAGAGUUUAGUUCAAAACUAUUUAAUAUUUUAAAUCAAUUAACAGAUAUAUUUGGAAAUCUAUUCACUUUGUAACCUCCUUACUCUGUGCUUUGCUGAUACAUUUUUAAUGAGAAUGUCAUGCAAUUGCUAAAUAAAACUCC